ACACUUUCAAAGAACCCCAUUACCGCAACCCCUCGCAGCCCCUCCCAACCCCGCCUCCCAACACCUCGCAACCCCUCUCAGUCCCGCUGAACUACCGCCUCCCAGCUUCUCCCAUCAGCGCCUCCCAGCAGCGUCGGACCAGCCACCCAGCAGCGACAUUCAGCCCCUCCCAGCAGCGCAAACCAGCGAACCCAACGCCUCCCACUCCCAGCAGCGCCUCCCAGCAGCGCCGGACCAGCCACCCAGAAGUGGCGUUCAGCCCCUCCCAGUAGCACGAACCGGAGAACCCAGCCCCUCCAGCACCUCCCAUUCACCCACACCCAGAGAUAAGAGACACCGCUGGCCCAUUCCUUCUUCCUUGACCACCACUGGAGACUACUCGCCGGAGGUCGCCCACUCUUCCUCGCGUUCAUCCCUCUUCGUCGCGUUCUUUCUGUCGCCGCUGUUCCUCGCGUUCAUCCCUCCCUCUUCGUGGUUCAGUCGUUCGCGCCGCCUCACGUUCUUGGGCGUUCUCGCUGUCAGUAACGGCCCCAUCGCCGUCUUCCUUUCAGUUCCCACCGUCAGUCCGUGGUCCUCCGUUCUUGCCGCUUGCCGUCCUCGAUGGUUACCACCUUGCCGUACUCGGUUCCUGCCGCGUUGCCGGCCUCCUUUCAGCGAAUCAACGUGUUCUCUGCUUCAUUGUUCAGGACUUCAGUUUCUAAGUCAGUGGCAGUACCACUAGAAGAGUAUAUAAAACUAGAAAUAUAAAAUCCAAAAUCGUAGACUGUAGUCUUCUUCGUCAUUGGUGACUGUACUCUGCUCUCCCAAGCAGCAAAUCCAGGAUGAAUAUGACUAUUAGGACUCUGUCCCUUCCUACUGGAAUUGCUUUCCCCAUCCCGACAGAUGUUUUUAUGUUGAAGCCCAACCUAUUAUUGCAUCUUAGUUCCCUUGAUUAUUACCAGUACAGUAGCGGUAAGAUUAGACUUCCCAUGGAGACUAGAAUUCAAACGAAGAAAUGUCUUCGAUGUAAAUUGAAAGUCAGGUAUGAAGUGCCACAAAAUGCUGAUUUUCCUCGGCAAUAUGCAAGAAAAGAAAAGAAACCUUUUCCAACGCCCAUUGUUGAGCUGCGACGAGCAGCUAGGGAAAGGCUAAAGAUGAUGAAAGGUCAGCCAAGGAAACCACUCUCGGCCCCAAAGAAUGGGUUGCUUGUGAACAGCCUUAUACCAACUGCUUACAAUGUGUAUAAUGCAAGGAUCACUUUAAUUAACAAUCUGAAGAAGUUGCUCAAAGUAGUGCCAGUGCAUGCUUGCGGGUGGUGCAGCGAAAUCCAUGUAGGACCUGUUGGACAUCCAUUUAAAUCGUGUAAAGGUGCACAAGCCAAUCUUCGCAAGGGACUCCACGAAUGGAUGAAGGCACAUGUUGAAGACAUGAUAAUACCAAUUGAAGCCUAUCACCUCGAAGAUCGACUAGGAAAGAGGAUUCCUCAUGAAGAGAGAUUCUCUAUCCCUCGAAUACCAGCAGUGGUUGAGCUUUGUAUUCAAGCUGGUGUUGAAAUUCCAGAAUUUCCCACCAAAAGAAGAAGAAAGCCCAUAAUUCGGAUUGGGAGAAAGGAAUAUAUUGAUGCUGAUGAAAGUGAACUGCCAAAUGAAACCCCAGCAGAACCAUUAAGACCACUACUAGCUGAAAUAUCUGAUUCAGAGGUAGUAGCUCCAUCGAGCAACGAAGAAAUCGUUGCCCUUGCCGAGGAAACUCUCCAGGCAUGGGAACGAAUGAGGAAAGGUGCUAAGAGAUUAAUGAGGAUGUAUCCUGUGAGGGUCUGUGGAUAUUGCCCGGAAAUCCAUGUUGGUCCCCAGGGGCACAAGGCUCAAAAUUGUGGAGCACACAAACACCAACAACGCAAUGGGCAGCAUGGUUGGCAGUCUGCAAUUCUUGAUGACUUGAUCCCACCAAGAUUUGUUUGGCAUGUUCCUGAUGUAAAUGGGCCACCCUUGGAACGAGAGCUAAAAGAUUUUUAUGGGCAAGCUCCUGCUGUUGUGGAACUAUGCAUCCAGGCCGGUGCUGAUUUACCGGAACAAUAUAAAUCAACCAUGCGACUCGAUGUUGGGAUCCCAUCAACUAUGAAAGAAGCUGAGAUGGUAGUUUGAGAUGAAAUAUACUUGUAAACAAACAACUGGUGUUAGCGUGUACACUGCAUAAAUUAUGCCAUAUGUACAUAUGUUUUUAUCAACCAAGUUUAACCAACUUGUUCCAAUUACUCAUUGGUCUAGAAAAAUAUCGCUUUUCUUCA